UGCAGCCGGUUUUUCAGUCAUUUUAUCCCAAACAGUCACUUCAGAGAGCCUUUCUGCCAGUCUCUUACAGACCAAAUAAACAAGUAGAAAGUGUAGUGUAGUGAAAAGCACUUUGUUCCAUUAUCAUUUUUUGGUGGCCUCGUGUCGUAAAUAUUUAACAUAUUAAAUGUUUUUAAAUAUUAUUACACAUUAUUCUGGCUUUAUAGAAACUUAUCAAGUCAGACUUUUGUGCGGAUUCUAGUGACGAUUAACUAAUUCCAAUAAGGCUGGACCUACGAUGUAACUGAAAGUAAUAAGUGAAGCCGCUUAAUUUGCAAUCAACGUUAAGAAAAACCCUCACCCGGUGUUAACUCAAAACCCCCGGAAAAGAAACAAUGCAGAAGAGUAGAAAAAUUUAAAGGAACUUAGAAAUUGCUACAGAAUGGAGAACGCACUCUUUGCCAAUGUGAAGAAGCUCUACGAUCAUGAGCUAUACGAAUGUGUAAUUCCAGCGGCCAGUUUGAUGAACACUCUGCUGCAGAAUGAUCAGAAUGUGGCCACUGCGGAAAUGAAAUACCAGGUGAUGCUUUAUCUGAGUAGUGCCAAUUAUAUAGAGCGCAAUUUUCGCUUGGCCAGCAAACAGUUGGAGUCGGCGAUACGGAUGAGAAAGACUCUGGUGCGGCAAAAGAAUACCAGCACCUAUCUGUCGGCCAUCGAGAGUUCGUAUGCUCAGUUUGCCGAUGUGGAAUUGCGUUAUCGUCUGGCCAUCUGCUUCAAGGAGCUGGCAGAACCUACGCUGGCCAUUAGUAUGAUGCAAACGGUGCCAUCGAAAAUGCGUACACCCAAAAUGAAUAUGCUUCUGGCACGUCUUCAGCAUCAUGUGCGGAGCAAAACUGAAGCAAUUGCCGCCUAUAAAGAGGUCCUAAGUGAAUGCCCUUUAUCAUUGAGCUCCAUUGAAAGCCUACUCGAGCUAGGCAUGGAGGGCAGUGAUGUCAAUUCUCUUGUAUUCAAUGCUGGAAAUGUUGAAUGGCUUAGUACGUGGAUCAAGGGACAGGCCCAAAUGUUUGGCUAUAAGCAUCUGGAGGCGGCCAAAACGUUUCAACAAUUAAAUGACACAACGCCAUUCCGACAGAAUGAAUAUCUUCUCAUUCAAAUAGGCAAGUGUCUCUAUUACUAUGGGAAUUUUGUUCAAGCCGAGCAUUAUUUGGGCAUGGCAGCCAUGGUUAAUCCAUUAAAUAUGUCCGCUCUCUGCCCAUUGGCGGUGGCCUAUGAGUUGAAUGGCAAAAACGAUACACAGCAUGAGAAGCUAUUGGAUCAAAUCACAAAUCGUCCGGAUCUGGUUAGAGCUCCAUCGGCAGAUUAUUGGUUCCUUCAUGCCCAGCAAUUCUAUAAGGAGGAGAAGUUUGAACGAUCGCUUAUCUUUAGUGAACGUUCGCUAACCAUUGAUCCCAGGCACAUUGAGAAUAUGCUCCUAAGGGGUAAACUAUUUGUGGCUUUGGAGCGACAUCAGGAGGCAAUUGAAGCCUUUCGCACAUCUCAGUCAUUGGCUCCCUAUCGUUUUGAGAUCUACAAAGGACUAUCCCAUUGUUAUGGCAGCCUCAAAAGGCACAAGGAUGCCCAAAAUAUAUGUGCCAUGGCUGUGCGAAAUUUUCGCACAUCGCCACGCAGCUAUACAAUGUUUGGCCGCACCAUAUUGUUCUACUCAACACAUCCAAAAGCCAAGAAGAGUGCACGUAAAUUUGUGGAGAAAUCUUUGGAAAUCGAUAAUAGUUAUUUGCCCGCUGUGGCCUUGAUGGCCGAAAUCUAUCGCUAUGAUGGAGCCACAAAAGAGGCCAUAUUGCUGCUAAAAAAGCAGGUGAUAAUGUAUCCACAUGCCAAACUCUAUGCCAUGCUGGGUGACCUUCUUAGCCAGGAGAAAGAGCUGGGCAAGGCUUUGCACUAUUACUAUUUGGCCUUGAGCUUGGAUCCAAACUGUGUAAAGGCAUUGCAAAGCAUCAAUGCUCUGAAUAAGACUGCACGCAGCAUUACCACAAGCAGCCACAUAAACAUUACCACUACUUCGACGGCCACGGCGAAUAUGACUGCAAAUAGCAGCAGUAGCAGUGUUAGUAAUAGUGCUAGCACAACAUCUAGGCAUCCAGAGCCACCCAGUAGUUCCAUGUCUUCAUCCAGUUUGCCGGCAAAUCAACCAUCAGGUACUGGGAUUGGAAAUUCUGGUGCCACAAUGACCACACCAUGUGGCACACCGAAUCAUGAGUGGCUAUUAGACUGUGAAGAGACCUCACAUCAAGAUGAUGCUCUCGAGAUGUCCUCGUCACCGCCUGUACCACAGGAGGAUGCCUCGGAUACAUUCUCGGAGCCUUUUUGGCAGGAUGUUGAUGGUGAAAUGGCAAAUUAGUUGCGUAUUGAUUAUAGAGCCUGAACUACUACAAGUAUGAAUUAAUUUAUUUAGUUUUUUAAGUUAUUUAUGCAGGUCGCGUGUACGUGUGUGUGUUUGUCUAAGAAUGCAUGUGUGCUUGGAAUUUAUUGUUAGUGAAAUGAAAUACUCAUUUAUGCCCUACGCGAUUGACUAGACAUAGGUCAGUCCCACUUCUCAUUCUCCCACCUGGUGUUUACAUAGUUUUUUUUUUUUUUGCCAAACCGUAUAGUUAUUAUAAUCAAUAAAAUCAAAUCUCAGAA